UCUGUUUUCUACUGUCAAAGUCAACUCUUUCAGCCCGUUUUUCAUGGCUUGGCAUCUUUAGACGCUUCUCUUUCAGAUGCUGUCUUGGACAUAGUGGCCUGCCUCCACCUGCACCUCUCACUUUAUUCUGGGUUUUGUACUCAAAGAAUACCCAAUGCUUUCAUGUUUCAUCGCCUUCAAUUCAAUCCAAUUCUAUGGCGUCUACCUCUAAUGUGGGUGCUUUUCAUGAACUCGCACCAUCUGCGUCCUUUUCUGCCUCAUCACUCCUACAAAAACCACAAUACGAUGUGUUUAUCAAUCAUCGUGGACCAGAUGUCAAAGAAAAGCUAGCUAGCAGGUUAUAUAACAUCUUUAACGAGAUGAAGUUGACAGCUUUUCUAGAUUCACAGGAGUUGGAAUAUGGCGAUUUCUUGCCUACAACAUUAGAAGCAGCAAUGCGCAGUGCUUCGCUUCAUAUAGCAAUUUUUUCUGAGAAAUAUGCAAAAUCACCUUGGUGUUUGGCAGAGCUGUCGUUUAUGCUUAAAACUGGGGCCAAAAUAAUUCCUGUAUUCUACUAUGUAGAGCCUACAGAUCUCAAAUAUGUAGCUCAAGGGAAGGGAAUCUAUGUUGAUGCUUUUGUGGAGUACGAAAAGAAGCGUAGAUACAGCCCAGAAAGGCUUCAGGAGUGGAAAAUGGCACUCAACAAUGUCUCUUUUUACAUUGGGCAAAUCAUUAAAAAUGAUGAUGAUGAAAUGAGGUUGCUGAAGAAUAUUGUGAAUAUUGUAUUGAAAGAAAUAAAUAACGUGCCAUUAGUGGUUGCAAACCAUCCAGUUGGUCUCGAAGAAAUAUUACAAGACUUUGAGAGAAAUACAUUUCAAUCUGUUCAGGAGGGUGGUGUACGCAUAGUGGGAAUUUGGGGCAUGGGUGGCUCUGGCAAAACCACACUCGCCAAAAAAUUAUAUAAUGAAAGAUCUUUGUCUAUGGAGAGGUCAAGUUUUAUUUUUGAUGUUAGAGAUAGUGCAGCCAAAAACAUGUUGCAUAACAAGCAGAUUGAACUCCUCAAAUGCCUUGGAGUGAAAAAAGAAGAUCGGAAAUUUGAGAAUAUAGAGCAAGGUAAGGCAAUUCUUACAAAGCAUUUAAGAUCUGUCAGGGUGCUCAUUGUUCUGGAUGAUGUGGAUCAUGUUGACCAGUUGGAUGCUUUGUUGCCAGUAAAAGACAACCUUGGAGGGGGUAGUCUUAUCAUUGUUACAACAAGGGAGAAUGAAGUUCUUAGAUCUAAGGGUAUAUUGUCCGUCUACAAAAUGAGGGCACUUGAUCCAUUUUAUGCAGAACAACUUUUUUGCUGGCAUGCUUUUUCACAAUCAAUUCCUCUCAACGGAUUUGAGAAUCUUGUUAAAAAGUUUUUAGAUGCUUGUAAUGGAUUACCUUUAUCUCUCAAGGUAUUUGGAGGACAGUUAUAUGGAGAGUUCCGCAAAGAAUAUUGGGAGUCUCUAUUACAGAAGAUUUUGAGAAUAUUGCCUAAUGAUAUUAAAGAGAAGCUCAAAGUAGGUUAUGAUGCCCUUGAUUAUGAAGAGAAAGAGAUGUUCCUUGACACUGCUUGUUUCUUUAUAGGAGAAGAUAAUAGUUUGGCAAUUGAAGUGUGGAAUGGAUCAGGAUGGAGUGGUUUGUAUGGUUGGGAAAAACUUUUCAAUAAAUGUUUGGUUGAACUUGAUGAGUACAAUUGUAUAAAAAUGCAUGACCACUUAAGAGAUUUAGGAAAGGAAAUCGCAAAUCAACAUUCUCCUUACCGACUUGGGUUAGCCCAACAGAUUAUUAAUAAAACAACUGGCAUUCGAGGAAUAAUGACUGUGCCAAGCAGUAUGAUAAUUUGGAAAUCAAGAGAGCCUGUAAAGUCCUAUCAAAUGAUGGACCCUUUCUGUGAGAUCAGCUCGGACGAGGAACUCAUGGCUAAUACUAUUGGAAGAGAUUGGUCACUCGCACCCUCUUUUCUUGGACCAAAUAUUUUUGUGAUUAGAGGAGAUUAUUUUAAUAAGGUAAUCUGUGAAGUAUAAAGAGAG